AUGGAAACUGCCAAGGAGAAGCUCAACACCAGAAAUAGAGAACAUGACAAUCUUGGUAGUUACAACUUGGCAUCUUCAUUUAUGUCAUUAAUUAUCUGCCGUUGGGCCCACCACUUUACUAUUUAUCAAGUCGUCAAUCAAUGCCGAGUAGCGGGCUGA